UUUUUUUUUUUCUUUCUCGGGAAUAAACAAUUCGGUACUUGUUUUUAGUUUUAGAUUCUGAAGUCUGAACGUUGAACACAACCGCGGCGUCACCUCUACCCAGCCAGCAGCCACCAUCAAACCACCGCGAACCGAACCGCUUUUGGUCUGAACCGAACCUCCAUACACAGAAAUACAGUAGUAGAAGAUAAAAAAAAUAGGCUUUUGCUUCUACGAACUUGAGCCAUCGCCUUCAUCACGUUAGGGUUUGCAGCCUCGCAAUUUUGGAGCUUGCUUCAGGUGAAUAAUUUGCGACUCUUGCUUUGUCCACGCAAUGAUUAAGCUCUGUUCCCAUAGAAGUAAAAUAUUUUCCAAAUGGGUGGUGUUUACGAAAAUGCACAGCGCAAGCGAGGCGAUGAUUCAGGAUGUUGGAGAAGCAAGUGAAAGAGUGUGCAAGGUUAUGAUGACGUGUCCUACCCUCGGACUUGACACUGCUCUUAAUCAAACCGGUGUUAGAGUUUCCCCUGAUUUAGUUGAGAACGUUCUCAAGAGGUUCGAGAAUGCGGGCAUGCCAGCAUUUCGGUUCUUUGAGUGGGCAGAGAAGCAGAGAGGUUACUCACAUAGCAUUAGGGCAUACCACUUGAUGAUUGAAUCUUUGGCCAAGAUUAGACAGUACCAGAUCGUGUGGGACCUUGUUAGUGCAAUGAGGAAAAAGGGUAUGCUAAAUGUUGAAACUUUUUGCAUCAUGAUGAGAAAGUAUGCUAGGGCUAACAAGGUUGAUGAGGCUGUUUACACCUUUAAUGUUAUGGAUAAGUAUGACGUGGUUCCGAAUCUUGCUGCAUUUAAUGGUUUGCUGAGUGCUUUGUGCAAGUCCAACAAUGUAAGGAAGGCUCAGGAGAUUUUUGAUGCUAUGAAGGGUCAGUUUGUGCCGGACGAAAAAAGUUACAGCAUUUUGCUUGAGGGGUGGGGAAAGGCUCCCAAUCUUCCCCGGGCUAGGGAGGUUUUUAGAGAGAUGGUUGAGGCGGGGUGCGACCCUGAUGUCGUUACUUAUGGUAUCAUGGUUGAUGUUCUUUGCAAAGCGGGGAGGGUUGAUGAAGCUGUUGAGGUUGUGAAGGAAAUGGAUGUGGGCAAUUGCAGGCCAACGUCGUUCAUUUAUAGUGUCUUGGUUCAUACUUAUGGAGUGGAGCACCGGAUUGAAGAUGCUAUUGAUACGUUCCUUGAGAUGGCGAAGAAGGGAAUCAAGGCUGAUGUUGUGGCAUAUAAUGCCUUGAUUGGUGCAUUUUGUAAAGUAAAUAAGUUUAAAAAUGUGCAUAGGGUCUUGAAGGAGAUGGAGAGCAAUGGUGUCGCUCCUAAUUCAAGGACCUGCAAUGUUAUUAUAAGCAGUAUGAUUGGCCAAGGACAGACUGAUAGAGCUUUCCGAGUCUUCUGCCGGAUGAUCAAGUUGUGUGAACCGGAUGCUGACACAUAUACAAUGAUGAUUAAAAUGUUCUGUGAGAAAAAUGAACUGGAGAUGGCUCUGAAAAUAUGGAAGUAUAUGAAAUCAAAACAGUUUGUUCCAAGCAUGCACACCUUUUCUGCCCUUAUCAAGGGGUUGUGUGAAAAGGACAAUGCUGCAAAGGCUUGUGUUGUGAUGGAAGAGAUGAUAGAGAAGGGAAUUCGACCAUCACGUAUUACAUUUGGGAGGUUAAGACAGUUGCUUAUAAAGGAAGGGAGAGAGGAUGUGCUCAAAUUUCUUCACGAGAAAAUGAAUCUUCUCGUCAAGGAGCCUUUAUAUGAUUAAAAAGCAUGGAAUACAACGGGCAACUAGAAACAUAUAACAAGCUUUGAAUACUGAUUUUGUUGUCAAAACAGUUUUGUGGCCACAGUUUUAUAUAUUCGGGAUCUGCCUAUUUUGUAAUAUAAAAAUCAGAGCAUUUACUCACUGGUUAUUGCUGAUGAGAUUAUGAGACCAUUAUCCAGUGCCAUGAUGAUGUGUAGAAUGUGUUUAGUUGUUUUGUGGUACAUGUUACAGGAAAAAGUUCCUCUAAAGUGAGAAUAUCUAUAAAUAAGCAGGGGAGCAUUCACCCUCGAAUUUUAGUGAUUUAAGAUUUGAUGCUUCAUGAUUAUUGAAGUUCUAUUGGAAAUGAGUGGUAGUAAAAAGGAAAUUGUUUUGGAUUUUGUCCUUGGUGUAGUGAAAACUAUCCUGAUUAUCUUUUAGUGAAGAAAAAUCUAACAGCACUGGCUCUGUCUAUAACAACUAGGAACUGCUUAUCAACCUCUGAUAAAUAUCAGUGAUGUCAACUGUUAUGCUUCCCCCUGGUAAAGCUCCCUUUAACUUACUUUUUUAUUGAUUGAAGUCUUAGAAUGCUAUGCUUAGAUUUCCAGUAUGUUGUUUCUUUUGGCCUAAAUUUUCAGCUGUUAAAAAAAAAUAUCCAUAUCCACUUGGGAUCUUGAGAAGUGGCUCUGUUGUGAGAUCUGGGUAAGUCCCGGGUUAACAGUGAAGGUAAAAGUAGGGAUCAAUUAGAAUUUAGAACCAUUAAAAUGUUGAUUGAACCAAAAUAACUUGCCUGGAGUUACUCUAUUUUUUUCUCACAACUUUUGCAGGAAGCUAACUUCUAAGGGCUAUUUCAAUAUGACUUGCUGUAAUUAACCACUGUGCAAUGUGCAUCAGCUACAGCUGCUACUGGUUUAAACCUUAGGUCUUAUUCUUUUUGGAAAAGCAGCCAUGUGCUAUCUUAAAAGCUGUUGCAAAUCUUGGGGCUAAUUUGUGUCUUGUGGCUGCACCGGCUUGGGUGCUGUGCAGGUUUUCUUUGUGGAUAGGCGAGACAUUGUAAAUGAUAAUGUUGCGAUUCCAUAGAUAGGGACAUAGGAGAGGUUGGUAAACAAGAGGCCUAGAAUGUCAAUAUUCACUUACUCAUUAGAAAAAACAAAAGACAAUAUCUUGCCCUAAGAACUUCGGCUGUGUAAAUGGUCCUUAGGAUUGCUAUUUUUGGGGAUAGUAUAGAGUUUAAAUUCUGUCAACCUAUUGUGCUUAGCGAAGUUUCUUUUAUAUAUUUUGUGGCUAAAACUUGCUUUGUUCUUGUUAAAGGGGUAUUUUGGUAGAGGCUCGAAUCCAUGUAAAAGCCACAAUUCCCAUUUCCAAGUAUUUGAUAUCUUUUAAUUUUA